AUGGUUCAGAAUGAUGAAGGUUGUGAGUUUAGAACUUUUCUACAAUUAGCAAAUGGUGAGAAGGAGCAUAUUUGGGUAACUCAUAAUGAGACUACCUUCCAUACUUAUGAUGGACCACAUGCUGUAUGGGGCCCUGAAGGUAAAAAUCCAUUAAGAAAAAAAGGAUUAGGUCCUGAUGAUCUCAAAGAGACACAUGAAAUGAUGGUGUUAGGUUCACAUUAUGAUAGAUUUUGGGAUAUCCCAAAGCUUCUCAAACAAGUAAAAUGUGUGAUAGAUAUCUUUGAGAAAACGUACCCAGGGUGCAUAGGAAUAUUUACCUUUAAUAAUGCUAUGUCUCACACAGCUUUCGCAGAAGACACGCUUGUAGCCUCACAAAUGAAUCUUGGUUCAGGCAGUUUGGUUCCCAAGAUGCGAGAUACUGUGUGGAAUGGGAACUUCCAAUCGAUGAUUAUUGAGCAAGAUCAUUUUGUCUAUGACAAGAAAAUGAAAUCUUACAUUAAUUUGCAUGAUAAACCGAAGGGAAUCAAAUGGGUACUUACUGAAAAAGGGUUGUGGCAAGAAGGAAUGGUAUUAGAAUGUACUUCGUGUAAAGAGAAUACAAAUAGUAAUAUUAUUGAUUGUUAUGCAUGUCAUUUGAUGGCUAAUCAGCUAGAUUUUCUUUUGCAAUGUAGUCAAAUUCAGCAAGAAAUUGAAUCUCGUGGACAUAAA